AUGAAUCUAUUCUUCCUAAGGUGCUUGCUGGUUUCUUGCUUUUGCCAAGCUGGGGCAGUGAACAGGGAGUACUACAUCGGCAUUGUAGAGACAGUGUGGAACUAUGCACCUGGCAAUACCAAUAUCGUAUCUGGACAGCUUUUUGCAGAAGAAGAGCAGGCUGGAAUCUUUCUCGAAAGAGGACUGCAUAGGAUAGGAAGCACUUACAAGAAGGCGGUCUACACUCAGUUCACUGAUCAUUUGUAUAAUGCAAUAGUUGACAAACCUUCAUGGCUGGGUUUUUUAGGCCCUAUCAUUAAGGGAGAAGUUGGGGAUUCCAUUAUUAUUCACUUGAAAAACUUGGCCUCUAGAAACUACACGCUGCACCCACAUGGUGUAAGAUACACAAAGGAAAAUGAAGGUGCUUUUUAUCCUGACAACACCAAAGAUCUGCAGAAGAGAGAUGAUGCUGUGGAGCCUGGAGGCCAGUACACCUUUACAUGGGAUGUGACAGAAGAUCACGGUCCAGCUGAGGGAGAUGCAGACUGCAUAACCAGGGUUUAUCACUCCCAUGUAGAUGCUCCAAGAGAUGUUGCCUCUGGGCUUGUUGGGCCUUUAAUAAUUUGCAGGAAAGAUACAAUGGAUAAGGGCAGUGGUGAACACUUCGAUGCUGAAUUUAUCCUUAUGUUUUCUGUGGUGGAUGAAAACCUCAGCUGGUAUCUAGAGGAUAAUAUCAGGACAUACUGUUCUGAACCUUCCAAAGUUGACAAAGAUGAUGAGGACUUCCAGGAAAGCAAUAAAAUGCACUCAAUCAACGGGUACAUGUACGGAUACCUUCCAAACCUCACAAUGUGUGUGGAAGAUAAGGUAAAAUGGCAUCUUUUUGGCAUGGGUAAUGAAGCUGAUAUCCAUUCAGCUUACUUUCAUGGACAGACCUUAAUAGAAAGGCAUCAUCGAGUCGAUUCCAUCAACCUCUUCCCAGCCACAUUUAUUGAUGCUGUCAUGAUACCAAGGAGUCCCGGGGAAUGGCUGCUCAGCUGCCAAGUGAAUGACCAUAUUGAAGGUGGUAUGCAGGCCAUUUUUAAAGUACAAGACUGUAGGAAAUCCACAAGAGAUCACAAUGAGAGUACAAAAAUAAGACAAUACUUCAUCGCUGCUGAAGAGACCAUCUGGAAUUAUGGCCCAUCUGCAAUAAACAGUUUUACACAACAAGAAUUAGUUUCAGACAGUGAAUCUCGCAUAUUUUUUGAACAAAGUGAGAAAAGAAUUGGUGGCUCUUAUAAAAAAGCAGUUUUCAAAGAAUACACAGAUGGUUCUUUCACUGAACAUAAAAGAAGACUCACAGAGGAGGCACACCUUGGACUCUUAGGACCUGUUAUCAAGGCUGAAGUGGGUGAGAGCAUCAGGGUAACCUUCUGGAACAACGCCAGCCGCCCAUUCAGCAUCCAGCCCCAUGGGGUGAGCUACCGCAAGAGCAACGAGGGUGCCUGGUACGGCGCCGCCUCCAGAGGCACUGAAUCUUCAGCCUCUCAUGUGAGUCCUGGUACUACAUUUACAUACGAGUGGAAUGUGCCAGAAGAUGUGGGCCCCACAGACCAAGAUCCAGAUUGUUUAACCUGGCUUUAUUACUCAGCUGUGGAUGCAGUCAGAGACACCAGUUCUGGCCUUGUGGGUCCUCUCCUGGUGUGCAAGAAGGGAGCCCUGCUUCCUUCUGGGAAACAGAAAAAUGUGAAUGUGGAGUUUUUCUUACUUGCUACAGUAUUUGAUGAGAAUCUGAGCUGGUACUUGGAAGACAAUAUUUUAAUGUUUACACUAAACCCCAACAAAAUUGACAAAGAUGAUGAGGACUUCCAGGAGUCUAACAAAAUGCACUCCAUUAAUGGUUAUAUGUAUGGAAAUCAGCGUGGUCUUGAGAUGUGUAAAGGGAGUGUGGUUUCCUGGCAUUUGAUGGGCUUGGGGUCAGAAGUCGACAUCCAUGGGAUUUACUUUUCAGGAAACACAUUCACAACUAAAGGAACAAGAAGGGAUACAGCAAAUCUGUUUCCACAUACAUUUCUUACAGCUAUUAUGAAGCCUGAUUCUGAAGGAGUUUUUGAAGUGUCAUGCCUGACAACAGAUCACUACACAGCAGGCAUGAAACAGAAUUAUGAAGUGAAACAAUGCGAUCAGCAGAAUGUGAAUCUAUCUACGUAUUUGCAUGAAAAGACUUACUAUAUUGCUGCAGUGGAAGUUGAAUGGGACUAUUCUCCUAACAGGACAUGGGAAUUUGAACGGCAUCAAUACCAUAAGGAAAGCCCUGGCAAUCCAUUUUUAAAUAAAGAAGACAAAUUCAUUGGCUCAAAAUACAGAAAGGUAGUAUAUCGCGAGUACACUGAUCAGACAUUCAGAACUCCCAAAAACAGAACAGAGGAGCAGCAGCACCUGGAAAUUCAAGGACCACUGCUUAUGUCAAAUACUGGAGAUAAAAUUAUAAUAGUUUUUAAGAACUUGGCAUCAAGACCUUAUUCAAUACAUGCCCAUGGAGUGAAAACAGACAGUUCGGUUGUUGCUGUAACUAACCCAGGUGAAACAAAAAUGUAUGUCUGGAAAAUUCCAGAGAGAUCUAGUUCUGAGAAAGGAGAUCCACAUUGUAUUGCGUGGGCAUACCAUUCAACGGUGGACAUGGUUAAGGAUACUUACAGUGGAUUAAUAGGAACACUUGUUGUGUGUCAUAGAUAUCAUUCACCAUCAUUUCAUACUAAAGAGAAAGUUCAGUUUGCUCUUCUUUUUAUGGUUUUUGAUGAAAAUGAGUCAUGGUACCUGGAUGAGAACAUUAAAACCUAUUCUACCCACCCCCACCUUGUUGACAAAGAGGAUGAGGAAUUCCUUGAAAGUAAUAAAAUGCAUGCCAUUAAUGGGAAGGUGUUCGGAAAUUUACAUGGACUGACUAUGCAUGCUGGGGAUACAGUCACCUGGUAUUUGAUGGGAAUGGGCAAUGAAAUAGACAUCCACACAGCACACUUCCAUGGCCACAGCUUUGAGUAUAAGCAAACAGGGAUUUACCGGGCCGAUGUCUUUGAUCUGUUCCCUGGGACAUUUCAAACUGUGGAAAUGACCCCACAGAACCCUGGAACCUGGUUAUUGCACUGUCACGUUACUGACCACAUCCAUGGGGGCAUGGAAACCACCUACACAGUGCUCCCAAAGGAAGGUAGGAGCUUAUCUAUCUCAAUCAUGUUCAUUAUGUUUAAAGGUGCAGAAUGAGGCUCACAGACAGGCCAGUGUACUCAGAUCCAGUUCAGGCAUCCAACAGAAUUUCAUGGCUUAGUAUUGCUGUCUGGAGGCCAGAAUGUUGCAAGCCACUUGAUUAGUACUGCUACUGAGAAAACAGAAGUAGCUAAAGGACUGGAUUUUAAUUGA